UUUCAGAGUCUGCAGCUGGAACGGGAGAUGUGUUUGGCUUCAAACUGCACCCUGGCCAGGGUGAACCUGUCCCUGCGCCCGCGGCUGGAGGAUGGGAAGGCUUCCCUGGCCAUCAAGUACCAGGAGCUGCGGGAGAUACGAGAGGCGUGUUGGGACAAGCAGCAGCGCCUGGCCACAUACCUGGAGAAGUGGAGCCCGCAGAGCGCCCUGGGCCAGCUCCAAGCCAAGCUUGAUGCCUCCGAGGCAGAGUCAGAGGCGCAGAUAGAGCAGUUUCUGGGCCAGGACCUGCCCCUCGAUUCCUUUCUGGAGUCCUUCUGCCAGAGCCGCACGCGCUCCCACAUCUGCCGGACGCAGCUGGAGAAACUGCAGGAGCUGCUGCGGAAGGACCAGGUGGGCAGGGACCCUGCGGGCCCCGCGGGGCACCCACGUGCCCUGGCUAGCCCACCACCAGCCCGUCUUGCCCCGUUGCGGAGCGGUGUAGCCCCCAAAGCCUUCGAUCUCUCCUACGGCUUUGUGCCUGCCUUUGUCGUCCCCUCGGAGGCCGUUGCGCCCUUUGCCAUGCCCGCU